AUGAGCGAAAAGGACAGCGGAAACAGGAAAGAAAAACAGGACAAAUACGACGAAUUGAUAAUAGCUCAGCAAGAAAAUAUUAAAAAGCUCGAAAAAGAAAUAUCGAUGUUGAAAAAGAACAUCGAGAAAUACUCUGAGACUUUGAGCAAGAGUAAAAAACGCAACGACGAAGUUGGCAACAGCAUCGAAAAAAUUUUCAUAGGAGAGAAAGGAAAAUUCCGAGAAACGUUAGAACUAUUCUCGAAAAUUCUAAUCAAUGUCGGAAAGUACAAAGAAAAACAUGUUUCCAUGAUUUAUGACAAGGUUAUCGGAGAAUUGUCGUUGUCUCGGUGCCGUUGCAAGCAAGCAACGUUCAACAUCGAUUUUGCUUUGAAAUCUCAGAAAGAUGAGAUGCGCAAAGAGAAGCAUCUUAGAAAGAUUAAGGAGACCGAGCCGUUGGACAAGCAGAAGUUCACAAAGGCGCAGUCGGCGCUAAACGCGUCGAUCGUCGAGACAGAAAAGGCUUUUCAUUCGUUGAAGGAGGAGCUGGAGUCGUUUGAUAAACAACGCGUUGAAGAACUCCGCGCUGUUCUCCUCGCGUUUACAGAGAGCGAGCUCAAAUAUCAUUCUCAUGCGUUGGAGCUGUAUUCGAGGGGUUUUAAUAUGCUACGUCAAAAUGAUAAGGAGAUGCAAUCGUUUUUGGACACAGUACAAGACAGCAGAGCGUCUGCAAGCGACAGUAAAACUGAUGUUCAAGCUUCAAGUAUACAAACUGAGGGAACGACUUGA